UUUUCGAUGUUGUUGUGCCUCAGUGAAGAUCCUGAAGGAAAACGUUAAGGAUGCCUGAGCCGGCGAAAUCUGCUCCGGCACCGAAGAAAGGUUCCAAGAAGGCGGUCACUAAGACACAGAAGAAAGGUGACAAGAAGCGCAAGAGGGCAAGGAAAGAAAGCUACUCCAUCUACGUGUACAAGGUGCUGAAGCAGGUGCACCCCGACACGGGCAUCUCAUCCAAGGCCAUGAGCAUCAUGAACUCCUUCGUCAACGACAUCUUCGAGCGCAUCGCGGGCGAGGCGUCGCGCCUGGCGCACUACAACAAGCGCUCCACCAUCACGUCGCGGGAGAUCCAGACGGCCGUGCGCCUGCUGCUGCCCGGCGAGCUGGCCAAGCACGCCGUGUCCGAGGGCACCAAGGCUGUCACCAAGUACACCAGCUCCAAGUAAAAGAAUAGUGAACUGUAAACCAAACGGCUCUUUUAAGAGCCACCACACGUUCCUAAUCAGAGCUGUGAUUGCAAAUACCAUAUAGGGUUUUUUG